AUGUACCCUUAAUAGUCUUCUUUAGCAAGAUUGCACAGAGAAUAUCGUCUGAUACCAGUAGGGAUUUAUUCUCCACAAAAGGAGAACUUGUAGAGAUUACUGCCUCGAUAUCCUGAGAGUGUUGAUGUAGCAUCGAAUAGUAGUAAGUUUUAAGGGAAUGUAUCAUUGCCUGCUUUACCUCCUAUGAAAAAGUUGAGCAGGGUUGAGUAGACAGUCCAGAUUUACAAGGGGAAAGCCAACAAAUUGCCCUCUCUUCAAUUAAGUGAUCAACAAAUACAGAGGAAAAAAUAAAUAUCGGAGACUGAUGGGAUGAGAAAAUCAAUCACGCCAGAGAGGAGACAAGGAAAAAGAAAUUCAGUUUAAAUUGCAACGAGAACUAAGGCUGGAUGUUAGCCAAACAAAGCAACAAAAAUUAAUUAAGAUGCAACUAUUUUGAGUCCAAAGAACUUAGAAAAUAUGGGCUAUAAGUUCUUUGCCGUCUGUGAUGGACAUGGCUAAUAUGGUCACAUGGUUUCCAAUUAAAUCAGGUAACAAUUGCCCAAACAUCUUGGAAGACUAUUGAAAGAAGCAGGCGAUUUAGAAAUCCAGAUCUCCAAGGCUUUCGCAAUUACUAACAAGGAAUUGUGUAAUUCAGAAAUUGAUACUAAUCUAUCUGGAUCUACGACAGUCUCUUUGCUAAUCACAAAAGAUUAAAUCUACUCUGCAAAUGUUGGCGAUUCUAGAGCCAUUAUGUGUAGGUUUGAUGAUGGAUGGAAGGUCGUGGAAUUAAGUAGAGAUCAUAAGCCAGAUGAUCCACAAGAAAAAGUUAGGAUUCUGGAUGCAGGUGGAAGAGUUGAAUAAUAAAAGGAUUUCCAUGGAAAUGGAAUAGGACCAUACAGAGUUUGGUUGUCUUAUAUCCAAGCUCCUGGUUUGGCGAUGACCAGGUCCUUUGGAGACAAAGUUGGUGUUUAAGCUGGAGUCAUCGCUGAACCUGAAAUCAAACGGUUCUCUAUUAGUGCACAGGAUCAAUUCAUCGUCAUUGCAUCGGACGGAGUGUGGGAGUAUAUGAGUAAUGAAGAGGUGAUGAGUAUUGUGAUUCCAUUUUUGGAAAAGGACAGCCCUGACCAAGCAGCUGAGCGUAUUAUAAUUGAAGCCACGUAGGCAUGGAGAAGACAAGGGACGAUAUUACUUGUAUAGUUAUAUUCUUAUAAAAAUGAAAAUUUUAAUUAAUCACAAAAUAUCAAAGUAUCAAUGUCUUAAGAUCUUUUCCCUAAUGAACCAAAUCUUAAUACUGCUAAUGAUGUUGAAUCAUACAUAAAAACACUUUUGCAAUAUCAGGAUUCUUGUGAAAAAUCUGCAGAAUACAUGUAGGCAGACGCUGCCCAAAAAAGAAUAGUGGAGUUGAAGAAACAAUUGGUUUAAAGAAGGAGAAAAGAAAUGCAAUAAGCUCAUUAUUAAUAGGAGCAAGAAAUUGAAAGAGCUCAUCUUGAAGAAUUUGAUCAAUUCAACCGAUUCUGGGAUGAGAAGAUGUAAAAAUUUAAUGAUGAAGCUUCAGCAGUGGAAUAGGAAUUAUUAAACAAAUAAUAAAAUGAAUUUAAUAAAGUCUCUGAAGAAUUAGAAAGAACUAUUCCUUCAAAGCCAAAAGAAUCUUCUGAUGUUCUCAAUCUCAAAAAAAGAGAAGAAUAUUUGGCCAAACAAAAGAAGUAUCCAUUUUCUUAAUUUUUUGUUAUGUUGAGGCUUAGAGAAUUAAAGAACAGAGAAUACUAAAUAGAAAGAACAAACAAAAUAAACACUUAGUUGAAACAAUUAAAAAUGAGAUACAGAAAUGAAAUCAACGCUCUGCAAUAAAGAAUCAAAGGAGGUUAAGAUGAACAGAAGAAAAAUCGUACUCUCGAACUCGAAAAAUUGCUAUAAAAAUAUCAAAACAUCAAAAAAGAACUGGAAAUCAAACAAAAGAUGGACAAGUUAGCAUUUGAAGGAUAAUUCACUAACAAAGGUAGUUCCAAUCAAAGCGUUUAUAUGAGUUAAAUGUGAUUUGUAAAUUCAUAAAGAAAAUUAUAAAUAGCAUUUUUCUAA